UCGUUGAUCUACUUCGCUAAGCAGCGUUAAAAUGCGCCAUUUUUAAUUGAGAACACUGUUUGUUACUUCCUGGAUAUAUAGAAUCGCCGUGAUUCCUAAACUUCUUCCGCGACUUUUUAAAGCAGCCAUUUGAAACAAAAGUAAAACUUUUUCAUACUAUUGCAUUAUUAUAAAGCAAAUGGAGAUGCGUUUUUCUUCCUCUUUUGAGUUGAUUUCUCUUUUUCCGCUAUCGAUUGCACUUAUUAGAACAAAUGUCAACUUUUGGAAUAGCAUUAAGGGAUCUCAUAUUGAAUCUUUUUACCAUUGCCGCAAACUGCAUUUGUUUGCCUUUUGCGGUUUGGUCGUGUAUUAAAUCCUUCUUCGCAGCGUUUAAACCCACACGGCCAUUAAAACCAAGAGUAGUAGCCAUUACUGGCGCCAAUUCUGGUAUCGGUGAAGGCAUUGCCUAUGCUUAUGCUAAGGAUAAAGCUUCUCUAAUACUAUUAGCGCGUAAUAUGGAACGUUUGGAGAAAGUAGCCAAAGCGUGUCGUGAUUUAGGCUCACCCGAUGUUAAGGUCGUGCAGAUGGAUGUAUCGGAUACCAAAUCUGUUGCUGCCUUUUUUGAUGAGAAAACCAUUGAGUAUGGCAUUGAUCUUUUUAUUGCCAAUGCUGGUAUUGCUACUGUGCCGAAUACGGGUGUGCUCAAUCAAGCAGAACAAAUUCUACAAAUCAAUACGAUGGGUGCUAUUGCUGGUAUCAAUAGUGUUUUCAAAGCUAUGAAAAAGAGAGGUAAAGGAGGUCAAAUUGCUGCGGUUUCUUCUGUCUGUGGAUUUUUCAACCCGCCGCUUUUGCUCAGUUAUGGAGCCUCCAAGGCGGCUGUUAUGAGCUAUUGCCGUGAUUUACGCGUGUUAGGCAAAGAAAAUGGUAUUACAGUGAAUACGAUUGCUCCAGGUUAUAUCGCAACCACCAUGACGGCUGGUUGGUCCAGGAACAACAAGUUCUUCUUUUUAACUCCUGAUUAUUUUGGAGAAAGAGUCAAAGAACAGUUGGCUAGAGAUGUACCUCUAAUAUCUCAACCUUUUCAUCAGUACUUUGCGUUUGCAUUGAUUUCAAGCUUGCCACCAGCAGCGAAGCUAUGGGUCUCUGAAUUUUUGCACAAGCAAAUCAGCUGACAGUAUGUAUUUAUUUACAGAGAAGAUUUUUGCUUUGUGUAACGAAUUCAGGAAACUGUGAGAGUGAGUAAGUGUAUGU